AUGCUCAGUACACCUCGUGAUGCACAGUACACCUCUCGUGAUGCUCAGUACACCUCUCGUGAUGCUCAGUACACCUCUCGUGAUGCACAGUACACCUCUCGUGAUGCUCAAUACACCUCGCGUGAUGCUCAGUACACCUCUCGUGAUGCUCAAUACACCUCUCGUGAUGCUCAGUACACCUCUCGUGAUGCUCAGUACACCUCUCGUGAUGCUCAGUACACCUCUCGUGAUGCUCAAUACACCUCUCGUGAUGCUCAAUACACCUCUCGUGAUGCAGAGUACACCUCUCGUGAUGCUCAGUACACCUCUCGUGAUGCUCAAUACACCUCUCGUGAAGCUCAAUACACCUCUCGUGAUGCUCAAUACACCUCUCGUGAUGCUCAAUACACCUCUCGUGAAGCUCAAUACACCUCUCGUGAUGCUCAAUACACCUCUCGUGAUGCACACCUAGUUUGUUACAAGUACACCUCUCGUGAUGCUCAGUACACCUCUCGUGAUGCUCAAUACACCUCUCGUGAUGCUCAAUACACCUCUCGUGAAGCUCAAUACACCUCUCGUGAUGCUCAAUACACCUCUCGUGAUGCACAGUACACCUCUCGUGAUGCACAGUACACCUCUCGUGAUGCACAGUACACCUCUCGUGAUGCACAGUACACCUCUC